AUGCAGCAGCCACGGCGCAAGCGGAAGAGCAGGUUUAGCGAUGCUCCAGACCCCCCUGCCUUAGUAGCGACGGAUAAAUCGGAUGUUGGAUCGGAAGCGCCACCUGUAUUUGACCCAGCGGCUUUAGCACGCGCUGCAGCAGCAAAGAUUUCGCGCGCAAUCCCUGGCCCAGCGUCUGCAACAGCGUUACAAAAGACAGCAGCAGCUGUACCAAGUGCGAUAUUAACACGAAUUGACUCAGAGGAAUUGAGUCGGUUCGAGCAGGAGAAGCGUCGACGGACUGAUCAGAUCAUUAAGUCGGUGCAGAGCCAAAUGAGCCAUAUUAAAGAGCUACUGCGGAAACCCGGAGCUUCUACUGGUAUUUCUAUAGCGUCAUCUGGCAUACAAAAUGCCCAUACUGCUAGUAGUGGUCCUUUCAUGCCAGCACCUUUGCUGUUGGACGAGCAGGGACGCGAAAUCGAUGCUGAAGGAAAUGUAGUUGCCGAAAAACCAAUGGUGGCACCAGUAGCAACGCUUAUAGCUAAUCAGGAAGGUGCAAGAGGCAGCAAUACUGCCACAAAGAAACAAAAUCCAUAUCUGUCUCAUCGUGCUGUAGACAUUGAAGACAAAUUUGAGGCCCUUGAUCCGAGACUCAAGGUUACGAAACGAGAGACACGUGCGCGCAACACCUUCAAAUUUGCUGUACAAGGAAUAUAUGUGAAGCAAGCAGAGCAGAUUCGUGCGCGUGAUGCGAAAAAGAUGAUGGCUGGAUUUACAUCAGGCCGCAAUCCUCGAGGAUAUCAAAAAGAGGCAAUUGUGCCAAUUGAUGAAAUGGCCGAAUCAAUUCCAGUCAAUGAAGGCACCAGCAGUAAGGCGAUUGAUAGCAUUGAAGUUCCGCCUAAACCUGAGCUACUUACUCCUGAUGUAGAAUGGUGGGAUAUUGAGUUUCUUCCCAGGGACAAGCGAGUGGUUUUAGACAAAUUUGGAUUUAUCAAAGAAAAAACUCGAAAGGGAAAUUCAGCUAUCUCUAUCUCCUACACAGAUAUGAAACUAAAAUAUUGCGGUACUGCACAUGUCGUCGAACACCCAGCACGGCUGAAUUUAAUCGUCAGACAUGAUAAUACGCCCGUGGCGGUGCCCCUCAUGUUGACUGCUUCGGAGCGCAAAAAAAUACGUCGGCAAAAUCGCGCUGACCGUGAGAAGGAAAAACAGGAUAAAAUUGCAUUGGGCUUGUUACCGCCUCCUGAACCAAAAGUUAAACUUUCUAAUAUGAUGCGCGUGCUAUCCGAGCAAGCAGUGGCAGAUCCGUCCGCCAUCGAGCGCAAGGUCCGUGAACAGAUAGCACAACGCGAAAAGAAUCACGAAAUGCGUAACAUUGCGCGCAAACUCACACCUGAGGAGCGCCGAGAAAAGAAGCUCCGAAAGAUAAAAAAGGACGCUGCAGGAGACAUUCAUGUGGCGGUAUUCAAGGUCCCAGAUCUGUCAAACCCGCAACAUCGAUUCAAGGUGGAUGUGAACGCACAGCAAUUUCAUCUUACUGGCGGUGUUUUGAUCUGUAAAGACAGCAAUAUUAAUAUGGUUGUGGCGGAAGGAGGCAAGAAGGCCAUUAAGCAGUACACAAAACUUAUGAUGCGGCGUAUUGACUGGAACGGGGCGCGCGAGGCUGAGCAAGGAUCCGGCAGCGAGGAUGAAAAUGUAGCUAAGGCCAACAACGGAUGUUUGCUAGUAUGGCAGGGUAUGGUGGCUCGCAAGUCGUUCAACAAUUUUCGAUUUCAGGAAUGUCGGACAUCAGCCACAGCGCGCAAAGUAAUGGAAGCUAAAAAUGUCGCUCAUUACUGGGACCUUGUUGAAAAUUCUGCGGAGGCCACCGCUGGUGGUUCGUGA